AUGAUGAUUUCAAUGGUUGGAAGCUCUCAGAUGAAUCUUGCCCGGAUGGAUUUGGGAUAUAAAGAAGUUGGGUUAUGCAAUUUUAGCAGAAAUUUGAACUUUGCUAAGAUCUCUUCCCAGAAGAAUUCAAUGGUCUGGCUUGGUCAAAGUAGCGUUCCAUGGUCUUCAAGAUCUUUCCUUCCCUUGAUUUGUAACGCUUCUGCCAUUUCUAAAGUUGAAGCUGUUGUAUCUGAGAAGGUUUCUGCAAAUAAAAGUUCCAAAGCUGACAAAGACUUAAGAUUGUUUGCUAGCUUGCCAUUGGAUGCAUUAUGA